AUGGCUUCGACGCCGACAGAAGAAUCCAAGCCCGCUGGUACAGUCUACACCCGUCGAUCAAUCUUUCCGGAAGGCGGAGAAGUUCGUCCCGUCAAGCCACUGGAAAGACCACCCAUUCUGUGUCUGGGCAGCCCCCGCACAGGUACUGCUUCGUUGAUGAAGGCCCUCGAGAUACUUGGGUUCCCCAACACGCACCAUGGAUGGGAUCUCUGCGAGCUCGACCAUUUACAAUGGCAGUGGCCAAUCCUGGACCAGGCCAACGACGCUACAUUCACAAGCCUCCCUACGUAUCGCGGGGCACCCUUCUCUCGAGAGCAAUGGGACCAGGUUUUUGGGCAGUACGACGCCGUUUCAGAUGUGGCGUCUUUCUAUGCUGAGUCUCUGAUCCCGGCGUAUCCUGAUGCCAAGGUGAUCCUCGUUGAGCGCCAUAUCGACGCUUGGUGUAAUAGCAUGCAGGCUGUUGUUAAGCCGAUAAUGAACCCCUGGAUGCGUUGGUUCGUUACAAAAGUCGGCGACUACGCAGGCUACCCAUGUGGCUCGGUGUCAUUCCGAACGCAGCAGGGCUGGACCAGAUCGGGAUGCCCCGAAGAUGUUGAGAAGAAUCUGAGAGCAGCAUAUAUAAGGCACUACGAAUACGUUCGCGCUAGUGUUCCGAGGGAACAGCUUCUUGACUUCAACCUGGCCGACGGUUGGGAACCGCUGUGCUUGUUUUUGGGAAAAGAUGUCCCUGAUGUAUCCUUUCCACAUAUUAAUGAGAAAAAGGAGUACACGGCUAGAAGUAAACGAUUGGGGGAUAAGAUCACAAAAAGCGCGGCCCGGCUAUUAUAG